AGGAGGAGGAGGAGGUUGGAGGAGCCAGGGGUUCGAGAGGCACCAACGCAUCGCUUUCUACUGGGCUUUUUGUUCUAUUAAGUUCCGAACAUUAUCUUAUUCCAUGGAAUGAGGAAAUUAAACUCGGGACAUUGGACAUCUAAAUCUGCUUCUUCGUCGGCAGUCGUGAAGGGAUUUUAAAGGUUGUGAAGGACGAGUCCAGUGAAUGAAGAUCAGUCCAUCAGCAGAAUGGGUGGCGGAAAGGUGUUGUGGAUUGGCGUGGCGGCGGCUGCCAUCACCUUCUUUAUAAUUAUCCCGGUGGCAGUUCACCUGAACAGAGCUAAUGAUGCUAAUAAAAGGUCCUACACCCUUGACGACUAUUUUAAUUCCACCAUCAAAUGGAAAUCCUAUAAACUACGAUGGAUCUCAGAUAACACUUAUCUUCAUAAAAGGGAAGGAAAUGUGUUCCUCUACAACGUUGAAACCAAGGAGGAGUCUCUGUACCUGAGCAACCUCACGUUUGCCAGCGUGGACGCCAUAGACUACCUGCUGUCAGGGGAUCAGAAGUACGUCAGCCUCGAGAGCAACUACACCAAGCAAUGGAGACACUCCUACACUGCCUCCUACUCCAUCUUCAGCCGCGACAGCUCAGCAUUCCUGACUUUUCCGGAUAUUCCAGAGAAAGUGCAGUACUUCAGUUGGGCGCCCACCGGGAACGCAUACGCUUACAUCUCAGACUUCAACAUCUACCUGACGGCCACCGUGACCUCUGAACCCGUCCAAGUGACCUUCAACGGAAAGAAGAACGAGAUCCUGAACGGAGUCCCCGACUGGGCGUACGAGGAGGAGGUGCUGGCCUCCAACGAGGCUGUGUGGUGGUCGACCUCCUCCCGAUUCCUGGCCUUCCUGCAGAUCAAUGACAGCCAGGUGCACAGCGUGGAGUUCACCUUCUACGGCUCAGAGCAGUACCCUGUAACCAGAGCUGUCCCCUACCCCAAGGCCGGCUCAACCCUGCCGCGGGCCCGGCUGCUGGUCGUGGAGGCGGCGGACCCUUCUAGACUCAGUGAGGUCGAGCCCCCCGAUGCCGUCACCACCGGCGAUUACUUCCUGAGCUCAGUGACCUGGGUGACGGACGAGCGCGUCGCCGUCCAGUGGCUCAACCGACGGCAGAACCACGUCCACGUCCAGAUCUACGACUCUGAGGGGCGCCGCUGGAGAGAGGGGCAGAGCUUCGUCCAGACCAGCAGGACGGGCUGGGUGGGCCAUUACUCCCCGCUCCCCCUGUUCUUUGCGGCGGACAACAUUAGUUUCUACAAAGUGAUGAGCGACUCGCUGGGCUACAAACACAUCCAUCAUGUCAGAGACGGCGUUGCUGUCCCAGUCACUUCAGGCCAAUGGGAGGUCAUCUACAUAACCAAACUCACCACAGACGCCAUAUAUUAUAUAAGUAACGAACACAACGCACCAGGGGUGAGAAAUGUUUAUAGACUGGGCAUCGGGAGCAGCGUGGCCCCGCCCCACUGUCUGAGCUGUGACGUGAGGAGGGAGCGGUGUCAGUACAGCUUAGCCUACAUGAGCGCCAACGCCUCCUACUGCCGCAUGGACUGCUACGGCCCGGGGCUGCCCAUCUUCACCCUGAGGGACAACAGAGGAGCCGGAGAAGAGCUGAAGGUUCUGGAGGACAACUCAGAGAUCCAGAGCCUUCUGGAUCAGUUCCACCUGCCCACUGUGAGGCGAGGCACACUGAAGAUCGCAGGGUUUGAUCUGUGGUAUCAGAUGUUGCUGCCGCCAAACUUCAAGAAGUCCCAGAAGUAUCCUCUUCUUAUCGACGUGUACGGAGGCCCCUGCAGUCAAAAGGUGGACUAUGGCUUCCGGCUGAACUGGGGCACCUACCUGGCCAGUACCGAGGGCAUCAUAGUGGCCAGCUUCGAUGGGAGGGGAAGUGGAUAUCAAGGAGACCACAUCAUGCACUCCAUCUACAAGCGGCUCGGCACCUACGAAGUUGAGGACCAGAUGACCGCCGUCAGGCAUUUCAUUGAUUUGGGUUUCGUCGACAAAGAGAGGAUUGCUAUUUGGGGCUGGUCUUACGGCGGUUAUGUGGCCUCCAUGGCGCUGGGGGCUGGAAGCGGACUCUUCAAGUGUGGAGUCGCCGUGGCUCCAGUGGCCAAGUGGGAGUAUUAUGAUGCAGUAUAUACUGAGCGCUACAUGGGCACGCCCGUAGACAACGUGGAUGCGUACCAGAAUUCCACUGUGACAAGAAGAGCAAAUAACUUCAAGAACGUGGAUUAUCUACUGGUCCAUGGAACAGCUGAUGAUAAUGUCCACUUCCAACAAGCAGCCCAGAUAUCUAAAGCGCUGGUGGAGGAGCAGGUGGACUUUGAGGCGAUGUGGUACGCAGACAUGGACCAUGGCCUGGGCGGCUCCGCCACCCAACACGUCUACACGCACAUCAGCCGCUUCCUGCACAAGUGUCUGGCCCGCCCCCAAUAGGGCCAGCUUCCUGAACAGGAGUCUGGUCCGCCCCCAACAGGGCCAGCUUCCUGAACAGGAGUCUGGUCCGCCCCCAACAGGGCCAGCUUCCUGAACAGGAGUCUGGUCCGCCCCCGAUAGGGCCAGCUUCCUGAACAGGAGUCUGGUCCGCCCCCAAUAGGGCCAGCUUCCUGAACAGGAGUCUGGUCCGCCCCCAAUAGGGCCAGCUUCCUGAACAGGAGUCUGGUCCGCCCCCGAUAGGGCCAGCUUCCUGAGCAGGAGUCUGCUGACGCAAUGCAUCCUGGGUCCAUGCUUCUGCUUUUCGGAUAUUGUUCAUGUUGUAUUAAUGUACAUUUUGAAGCCGUACGUAUGACUAUGUGUUUGGAUUCACUCUGUAGGGACAAAAUGUGAGCUUAUGUAAUCUAAAGUUGUGAUAUUGGAGCCACUGUGUUUAUAAAAGUGUUUUAUAUCCUACAAAAAGCUGGUGAACAAGUCAAUGAAACGAUGAAACUCUUUUUAAUGUUCUCGUGUGAUGUACCUGUUACCUUGAUAAAAUUAAAGAUCAGCUGAAUAAAAGUCAUAAGUUCUGUGUAAAAUAAC